AUGAACAACAAUUUUACAAGAAAUGGUAUGAAUGAUUCACCAUUUAGCAAACCAAAAAUGCCAACUUCAAGUUCUACAAUCAACCAAAAUCCUUUUAAUCAAGAUCUAUCUUAUUUUAGUUCAAAUUAUGGAAAACCUUCUGCAAAAACUAAACCAACUCCACAAAAUCCAUUUAAUGCAACAACUACAACAACAGCAGCGACAAUUACAAAAACCCCACCAAUCCUCGACUCCAAAAGCAAUCAAUUAAAUUUUUUAGAGUCACCCCCAUCUUUUGUGAACAAACCAAGAAAUGUAAAAAUAUUAAAUAGGAAUUCACCACCACCAUUGAUUUCAAAUUCGACAUUAUCAUCAUCAUCAUCACCAUCAGUACCAUCACCAUCAACCUCACAAGCAAUACAAGAUUUGAUGAAUACUCCACUUCCACAUAAGAGAUCUGGCUUUACUCAUCCAACAGUUUUUCCACAAUCUUCAUCAUUAUCUCUACCAUUGCCAUCAUCUCCCUCUCCAUCACUAUCGGCAUCAUCAUCAUCAUCAUCACCAUACUUUACUUUACCAAUUUCAACAACAAAAACCACUCCAACAAAUACAAACAAAACCACCACUACUACAACCACUACUACUACAACCACUACUUCACCACCAUCAACAAAAAACAUAAAUAAAACCACCACAACCACUACCUCACCAACCUUUUCAAACUUUAAUAAACAUUCUCAAGUAUCAAGAGGAUUUGAUGACUCACAACCCCUACACAGAAACACUUUCAUAUCCAAACCAACCACCACAACUACAACUACUACUACAACCAAUACCAAUAGUUUUAAUUAUAACAACAGCAACAAUAACACCCAAACCAAAAUAAAUAAAAACCAAAGUAAUAAUACUUAUAAUAAUAAUAAUAAUAAUAAUAAUAAUAAUAACAAUAAUAACUAUAAUAAAUCAAAAUUAUUUGAAAAAGAAAAAGAAAUUUUAAUGCCAUCACAAACCUUUUUACCAGACGAGAAUGAUCCAUCUUAUUCAUUGAUUUUACAAAUGAUGCAAGAAGAUAUUAUGGAAAAUGAUGAUAGAGAAAUGGCUAAAAAAUUGGGUAGUGAAGUAGAUGGUCCCUCUUCAUAUGAUAGACAAACUAGAACACCACCAAUUAAUUCCUAUUAUGAUUAUAAUCACUAUGACGAUGAUGAUUAUAAUGGUGGUGAUGGCGGUGGCGGCGGUGGUUAUGAUGAUCACUAUGAAUAUCGUGGUCAUAAUGUUAACGAUAUCGAUUUAUCUUAUGAAAAUUUAGUUCAACUCGAAUCAGUUGUGGUUGGUGCAACAAAGGAACAAAUUGCAUCAGUCGAAGAAACCCUAUAUUUAGAUCCAAUAAGAAGAAAUAAACAAAACAAAAAUACUCAAUGUCAAGAUACUCGUUGUGCCAUUUGUUUAUGUGAUUUUCAAUCAAAUGAAUUAAUUAAAGUACUACCAAAAUGUCAACAUUUUUAUCAUAGUGAAUGUAUUGAUCCAUGGUUUAGAGCUAGUAAAUUUUGUCCACAAUAUAUAAUAAAAAAAAAAAAUUCAUUCAAAAUAUUUUUAUUUAGUUUUAUUAAUUACGUUAUCACAUACUUGGAGGUUGUUGAAUGUGUUUUUUAA